CAGGCGCACGAAUUGUUCUGGGACGGUUCUAUCGAGGAAAUCUUCCUCACGCAUUAUGUAGGCGGAUCGGUUUGUAUAACUAUGAUACCUGAGAUCAUUUUGCACAUACACGACGCCCUCGUUGCAACGACGGCCAACUCAAUUACCCUUUCGCCUACCUAGGGUACGCAGCUGCACCCUGAAAAUUACCCAUUCUUGAAAUUGGUUGUGUUCACGGGGAAACCUUGACGCGGUCCGUACGAGAGAAUGUGUCCCAUCUUCUAUAGUUUCUCCGUUUUACAAGUCGCAUACACAGAAUGGCUUGGUGAUGGACGAACACUACUUAACGCUUUUGGUCCCAGCCAGUCCAUCUGCGGUUUUACGGUGGAAAUUCCUGUGCGCUCGUCAGCAUCAAACGAAACCCCUGCGACGUUCAAUAUUGGAGGGAAAACGCGACUUUACGUUCUGGAUUGCGACAUAAAGUUUGUGGCGGUUGGCUGCGUAGGGAAGAUAUUCGUAUCCAGUCCAACUGUGGGCUUAGGCUACGUUGAAGACCCAGAGGAUACCACGCAGUUGUUCAUGGUAGACCCCUUCAGAAAAAAGUCUAGGAUGUACCGAACUGGCGACUUUGGCCAGUGAGUCUUAACCCCUUCCGCCUAUUCUCAUGCAGGAGACAUCGAGGCUGCUCUCCAUGCUGCCGAAAGCAAAAGAUCAACAACAGCGGAGCCUGUCACACACAAUGACGAGCCGCU